AGAAAGCGCAUUGGCCGGGAUUAAGGCGCAUGCUGCAGGUUGGACGGGAUUACGGAGCGCGGCGCAAUUUCCUGUGUCGCGCGUCAGUCUCUGGACUUCUCCGCACGGCUUUUCUCCGUCUGCCCGGAUUCCUCAACACCUGAGAGACAUCCACUGCUCCCUGCAAUCCCACGGAUCCUGGAAAUAUCUUAGCUAUAUGGCAACAUGGCCGACGUUCCGCAGAUUGUCAAAAUUGGGAUUUCAUUGAAGAUGCUUCCAAACAACACGGCGGUUUACUUCAAAUCCGACGGCGCGCGGUUUGGACAGACCCGGACCAUCAAGCUGCUGACUGGGUCCAAAUACAAAAUCGAGGUGGUGGUGAAACCAGGAGCGGUCCAGGCCACGUCGAUGAGUGUGGGCGGCGUGACCUUCCCUCUGGAGCAGCAGUCCAAAGACCCGCAGUCUGUGGUCUACAGCGGCCAGUAUGACACAGAGGGGGUGGCGCAUACCAAGAGCGGAGAGAGGCAACCUGUUCAAAUCAACAUACAGUUCACAGAGGCGGGGAUGUUUGAAACAGUGUGGCAGGUGAAAUACUACAACUACAACAAGAGGGACCACUGCCAGUGGGGGAACAGCUUCAACAGCAUCGAGUACGAGUGCAAACCCAACGACACGCGCACGCUCAUGUGGGUCAACAAGGAGAUGUUUGUCUGACCGCCUCUAACAGCCUACAAAGAGAUGCUGUGUACAUUUUCAAAC